AUGGCUUUGGGAAAAUCUCCUCAUGAAGUGUUGCAGACUGCCCUCAAAAUGUCUAUGGAUAUAAAAGACUCUGUUGGCAGAGCAUGGUUCGGCAACAAAUUGAUUGUUUUCUUGUGGCAUCCUGAUGAUGUUGAAAUUGUCUUAGGUAGCCACGUUCAUAUUGAUAAAUCAGAUGAAUACAGAUUCUUCAAACCUUGGCUUGGAAACGGUCUACUCAUCAGCACAGGAGAAAAGUGGAGAGCCCACAGAAAACUGAUCGCCCCUGCCUUCCACCAAAAUGUAUUGAAGAGUUUCAUUCGAGUAUUCAAUAAUAACAGUCGGGCUGUUGUUCAAAGAUUGCAGAAAGAAGUUGGCAAAGAAUUCGAUGUUCAUGAUCAUUUAAGUCAGACCACAGUCGAUAUUUUAUUGGAAACUGCUAUGGGAAUCAGCAGAAAAACACAUGACCAAUCUGGCUUUGACUAUGCUAUGGCUGUCAUGAAGAUGUGUGAAAUUUUGCACUUGAGACAUUACAAAUUAUGGUUACGAUUUGAUACAAUUUUCAACUGGACUAACUUCGCAAAGAAACAAGAACAACUACUAGGCAUUAUUCACGGUUUAACUUCAAAAGUAUUGAAAUUGAAAAAAGAAGAAUUCAUUCAAAACAGCAUUGAUGGAAAAUAUUCUCCAGACUAUUUCAAAAAGAUCACUGCUGAAACUGAAAGGGAAAAUGCAAGAGAAUUGAACACAAACCAACCAAAAACUGGAUUACGUGACGAUUUGGAUGACAUUGACGAAAACGAUGUUGGUGAAAAACGUCGUUUGGCUUUCUUGGACCUUAUGAUUGAAUCUGCUCAAAAUGGCGCUCCCAUUACUGACAAGGAAAUCAAAGAACAAGUUGAUACCAUUAUGUUUGAGGGCCACGAUACCACUGCCGCCGGAUCAAGUUUCGUCAUGUGCUUGUUAGGAAUCCAUAAAGACAUCCAAGACAAAGUAUACCAAGAAAUCUAUGAUAUAUUUGGAGACUCCGAUAGAGAUUGCACUUUCGCUGACACCUUGCAAUUGAAGUAUUUGGAAAGGGUUAUUUUUGAAUCUCUUAGGAUGUACCCACCAGUACCAAUCAUCGCCAGGACACUUAAACAAGAUGUUCCACUUAAAUCUAAGAAUCUAGUUGUACCAGCAAAUUGCACUGUAGUUAUUCCCACACUCAAGAUGCACCGUAAUCCCGAUAUAUUCCCAAAUCCUGAUGUAUUCAAUCCUGAUAAUUUCUUGCCCGAAAAUAGUUCAUCCAGACAUUACUACAGUUAUAUUCCAUUCAGUGCUGGACCAAGAAGUUGUGUUGGUGAGUAA